CGCGCGCGGUGAGCGCCAGGGGUCUACAGAUCGCUCUAGGACCGGGGUGACCUUGGGCUUCCAGACUGCUGCGCGCAGGUGCCAGAUCUAGCGGCCGCGGGGGUGGGGCCAGCGAGAGGGGCGGAGCUCCAGGCUGAAAAGACCCAGCCCGAAAGACAAGCGGGCAGAGCAAACGGGCUGCGCGGCGCAGAGUUCGGCUCCUCAUUGCUGGCAGAUUCUGUGGAUGCUCACAAUGCGGAGCCAAGGAGGAUUCAUCCUGCUGGUGCUGCUGCUCCUCCUGGCUGUCAUCUGCCAUUCAGGCCACAGCCUGAACUGCUACAACUGUAUUUCACAAGCGACUAAAAACUGCACUAAGACCACCACCUGCUCGUCGAAUCUUGACGCGUGUCUCUACGUUGAAGCCGGGCCCAAAACGUACUUCUACCAGUGCUGGAAGUUUGCGGACUGCAGUUACGAGCGCAUCUCGACUUCUUUAGGGCUUCAGAAGCUGCAGUACAACUGCUGCCAGCGUGACCUGUGUAACGGGAGCCCUGGCACCAGUGUCUCCGCGAAGAUGGCUCUGCUGGUGACCCCGCUGCUGGCAGCAGCCUGGACCCUUGGUCUCUAACUCAACACCAGGGGCCACUUCUCCUAACCUUUCUGUUUCUGUAUCUUCCUGGGUUCCUCUGCUGCUGCAUUCCCAAGGGUAUCUAUUUGCAGCUGGAUCCUAUUGGGAUCCUGAUGGAAAAGAUUAAAACUAGCUUGAGCCACUUGGUUAAGACAG